CUCUCUCUCUCUCUCUCUCUCUCUCUCUCUCUCACAUGUUCAGUUUCAAAGCACCAAGGACUUAGCUCCAUAACUUGUCUUCACGAUUUUCUCUCUUUCCACGCUUUCUAAAGUUGAAUAUCCACCUUUUGAUUCUUGCUGAUAUUCAUGCACUUAAAAGCCCGGACACUUAUAAAUUCCUUCUCAUUUGUCCCUAACUUUCUUGCUCUUUGAGUAUUUUAGACUCCAUUUACAUCUUAUACUUAAGAACAUGUCCAGCCUAAGGUCAAGAUCUAGGCAAUCAGGUGGUGCAAGAAUCUCGGACGAUCAGAUUAAUGAUCUCGUUUCGAAGUUGCAACAGCUUCUCCCCGAGAUUCGUAACAGUAGACGUUCUGACAAGGUUUCAGCAGCCACGGUGCUACAGGAAACGUGCAACUAUAUAAGAAGCUUGCACAGGGAAGUGGAUGAUCUAAGUGAGAGGCUGUCUGAGCUUUUGGCAACAACUGACAGUGCCCAAGCUGCUGUGAUCAGGAGCUUACUUUCGCAAUAGAAGGAAGGAUGGCUAUCAUUAAUUACUUUAAUUAAUAGAGUAUCAUCACUUAAUUAUGUAAUAAGGGCAUCGAUCGAUCGGUCUUUUUCGUCUCUGAUCUAUUCUCUCUAUGUUUUUCUAGGGUUUUUGUUCAGUAGAUUAAAAUUAUGACGGUCUCUAGAAGAUCCUUUUGCAAAGCUGUGUACUACUUACUGGGUUAAUUAAGGAGUUGAUAUAAUAAAAGGACUCGACUAGUUC